AUGACGCAUGACUCGGAUGGGCAUCAAGUGAUGUAUCUCUCGAUCCUUUGCGAGGACCUUGGAGAGGCGGCCUCCUGCGACACGGUGGAGAGGCAGAACUACAUCCUCUCCCUGGGGAAGCAGCAAUUGGCGCUGCUGGUGGGUCCUGGCAUCGCAUCUGUGGAGGGAAGCCGCCACCUCUUUGCGUUUGGCGACGACGUGACGGUCGUGAAGACGUACGGCGGUCACCUUCUGGCGGUGCUGAUUACGUGUCUGACGGUGGUAGUGGUGGUGGCCAUGGCAGUCUACGGCGUGCUGAAGUACCGUGAAAACCGUCAGUACUUCAUUCAGUUCGGCGCCGACGACGCGGACGUGGAGGACAUGUACGCCGCAGAUGGCCCCGACGGCUUGGGCCCCCCACGCCGACGGGUCGUGAAGGACGCCGUUAUUGAGGUGGAGGAGUGA